AUGCUUACCUACAAUAUUGAUAGCGGAUUUAUCGAUGGCAUCAUUCGCGGGUACAAGUUGGGGCUAAUUACAAAGCGCCAGUAUUCGUCGCUAAUCCAAUGCAGCAAUUUGGAGGGUUUGCAUGCUUCAAUUCAUAAUAAGAGCUUAGGAUACAAAUGCUGGCCACCGAUUAUGCUCCAUACUUCCAGCAGGAUUCUCAGCCUCUUACUACUUCGGGCAUCUACCAAAGGUGUCUGGAUUUCUACUACGAGCAGUUUGAAUUUAUCCGACUCAAUUCGUCAGGAUGUCUCUCCAAGCUUCUGGAUUACAUUAGGUUUGCCAUCGCUUGUUAUCUUUAGCUAUGGCUACAUGAUCGACAAUGUGAUUCUUAUAAUUUCGGGCACCCUGCACGAAAGAGACAUCUCCGAGCUGCUGUCAAAAUGCCACCCAAUUGGUAUGUUUGACGGCAUUGAGGCAUUAACGACAAGCACCAACCCGUUCGAGCUGUAUCAGACCGUGCUUAUUGCCACCCCGUUAGGUUGGAUCCGUUUGGUUGCACUAACCCACCUGAACGAUAAGGACCUGCAAAUAAUCAGAAACGUUCUGUACAAGGCGUAUUUGGAAGACUUUUACUCGUUUUCCGUCGGUCCCGUUCCAGGGGGCAACUCCAGCUCAAAAGCCUCCGAAAUGGACAGUGUAACUCGAGCGCAGAUGAAAAAGUUGCUGGAGUUUGAGUCUGACCGAGCCACGAUAGAAAUUGCCGUCAAUUCUAUCAAAACCGGCCUGUCUCCAGAUGAAAAGCUGGCUCUUUUUCCGGGGCUUGGGCAGCUCGGAACUUUUGAGGUCAGUGCAAAGCUCUCAAAUGCAGAAGAAAUUUCGGAUAUACAGUCCGCCCUUUCUGCAUUUCCAGAGUUCAGGAAAGUGGUAGACUCGCUGAAAUCGGCAAAUUCGUUCGAUUUUGGAGGCACAUCGGACGCGAAUCGUCCCUCCGCAUCGAUGGAUGAUCUUCUCUAUGCCAUGGAGGUAGAAUUGCAUCGAUUUUCCUUUUUUGGGCAGUUCCACUAUGCAAAUUUCUACUCGUUUUGUAAGCUCAAGGAGCAGGAAAUUAGAAACAUCCUCUGGAUUGCCGAGUGCAUUGCGCACAAGCAGAGGGCAACCAUUAACAAGUAUGUGCCCAUUUUUUGA